UUCCUGGAAGGCGCUGUCACGUGGAACCUCUUAGCCUCAGCAUCCUGAACUGAUGAUAGUUAAACAAAAACCGCUUUCUUUGGAACCUUCAGCCUUUAAGAACCAGUCACCUCAAGAUCUCAACAUCAUGAUCUCAGUUUCAACACAAUUGUUCCUAGUCCUCUUUUCAUUGCUUCUGGUGCUGCCUGUUGUUGAAGCAGUAGAAGCCGGAGAUGCAAUCGCUCUCUUGUUAGGUGUGGUUUUCAGCAUUACAGGCAUUUGUGCUUGUUUGGGGGUAUAUGCACGAAAGAGAAAUGGACAGAUGUGACUUUGAAGGGCCUCCUGAAUCAAACCUUGCCCUGAAAACCUUUGUGCUAUUGAGGUUCAGAACUGAGUUUUGGUGUCUGAAAGUUCUCAAGAAACAGUAAAUAGGGUAGCU